GCUGGGGAGCCAGAGGCGGGGGGACCGUCGCGCGGUGCUCCGGCACUCCGGAGGGCCACAGAGAAGAGCAAGAGAACUUUGAACCUGAACAGUUUUGGUCAAUGGGAUAGCCUCCCACGCUUUGGCUUCCCGCUGCUUGACUGUGGAUAGAGCCCUGCGCUGCUUUCCUUCCCCCGAACAUCGGAGGUGCAAGCGGGAGCACCCCCUCGAGCCCGAGUCCGGAGCGGAGGCUGUCCCGGCCUGUCCCCCGGCAGCCUGCGCCUCGCGCGCGGCGCGGGAGUCCUCGCCCCGGACAGUGGAUGGCGCUCAGGGCGCGCGCGGCAUGCAGUCGCUCAACAUCACCCCGGAGCAGUUCUCCCGGCUGCUGCGGGACCACAACCUGACGCGGGAGCAGUUCAUCGCGCUGUACGGGCUGCGGCCGCUUGUCUACACCCCCGAGCUGCCUGGGCGCGCCAAGCUGGCCUUCGUGCUCACCGGCGUGCUCAUCUUCGCCCUGGCGCUCUUCGGCAAUGCACUAGUGGUCUACGUGGUGACCCGCAGCAAGGCCAUGCGCACCGUCACCAACAUCUUCAUCUGCUCCUUGGCUCUGAGCGACCUGCUCAUCGCCUUCUUCUGCAUCCCGGUCACUAUGCUCCAGAACAUCUCCGACAACUGGCUGGGAGGUGCCUUCAUUUGCAAGAUGGUGCCGUUUGUCCAGUCCACUGCUAUCGUGACAGAAAUACUCACAAUGACCUGCAUUGCUGUGGAAAGACACCAGGGACUUGUACAUCCUUUUAAAAUGAAGUGGCAAUACACCAACCAAAGGGCUUUCACAAUGCUAGGUGUGGUCUGGCUGGUGGCAGUCAUCGUGGGUUCGCCCAUGUGGCACGUGCAGCGACUUGAGAUUAAGUAUGACUUCUUAUAUGAAAAAGAACACGUCUGCUGCUUGGAAGAGUGGGCCAGCCCUGUGCACCAGAAAAUCUACACCACCUUCAUCCUUGUCAUCCUCUUCCUCCUGCCUCUUAUGGUGAUGCUUAUCCUGUACAGUAAGAUCGGUUAUGAACUUUGGAUAAAGAAAAGAGUAGGGGAUGGCUCAGUGCUCCGAACUAUUCAUGGAAAAGAAAUGUCAAAAAUAGCCAGGAAGAAGAAGCGAGCUGUUGUUAUGAUGGUGACCGUGGUGGCUCUCUUUGCUGUGUGCUGGGCACCUUUCCAUGUGGUUCACAUGAUGAUUGAAUACAGCAAUUUUGAAAAGGAGUAUGACGACGUCACCAUCAAGAUAAUUUUUGCGAUAGUGCAGAUAAUUGGGUUUUCCAAUUCCAUCUGUAAUCCAAUUGUUUAUGCCUUUAUGAAUGAAAACUUCAAAAAGAAUUUUUUAUCUGCAGUUUGCUAUUGCUUAGUGAAGGAAACCUUCUCUCCAGCACGAAGGCAUGGAAAUUCAGGAAUCACUAUGAUGCAAAAGAAAGCAAAGUUUCCCCGGAAAGAGAACUUAGUUGAGGAGACCAAAGGAGAAGCGUUCAGUGAUGGCAACAUUGAAGUCAAGUUGUGUGAACAACCCGAGGAGAAAAAACAUCUCAAAAGCCAUCUUGCGCUCUUCAAUUCUGAACUUUCUGAGAAUUCUGCUUUAGGCAGUGGGCAUUGAUUACAGCAAUGUCUUUAUAAUGGAUGCCAUUCAUAGCUUUAUCUGAAGAGAAAAGUAUUUGAGCAAAGGUCAAAGAUUUGUUCUUUAUUCUUUGAAUGAUGAAAAGAAGGAAAUUUUGUCAUUUUUCAUAAAAAUAUGACAUUAUACAUGAAACACAAUUUUGGAAAAUUAGUAUACCAUCCUUGUAGAUUAUAAAAGUGGAUUCAAAAAAAAAAUCUUGUACAGAAAUAAAUGUCCUUGCCUAGCA